AUGUACCGUGGUAGUGCUUCUCUCAAAAUGCCGAAGGGAAGGAGAUUCAAAUUUCUUGUCCAACUUUCGUUCUCGCCCGGCAAGUUUGAAGUGGUGGGUUUCCAGAAAUCCGUGAUGCAGUUUUGCAAGAAGAAAACCGAAGGACCGUCACAGUGGCCUAUUGUCAUGGAUGACUCGAUCAAAUAUAUAUGGCCACACCUUGCCGCAGUCCCCAAUGCGUUCACUGCCGGUGGAUGGAUGGAUGCGAAGAUCAAGCACAGCCUGUUUUCAGAAUCGGCAGAGGGACUUCCACGGCCUUGCCUCGAAGAUCUUUGCCAGGCUUGCAUCAAGGAAAAAGAGAACACCAUCUCGACGAACCUUGGUCCUUCACCAUUGACAGACAAAGAGGGAGAGGUUUUGGCACAAACAGAGUCCGUGGAGAACUGA